GAUCACGCUAUCAUCCACCAAUUCAAAGUAAACAAACUGCUGCUUUGGGGCCAUCUCGGUAGGGUUGGGUAGCUUUCCGGCGCGUCCCCUGCAUGUGGAAUCUGUGGAAUCUUUCACAAUCCGAUGCGCGGUGUCGAAUUUCGAUGAACCAAUUGCUUGCAUCCCGUACCUGGCUGAUUGGGAUUGUCUUUCUUUGUUCGGACAGUAUUAUUUUGCUACCUAAUUACGAGUUACUGUUACUGCUGCCAGUAUGGAUGACUUACCGUCAUCUCCAGAUCCGCUGGGGGACGAACCUCCAAGUUCGGCGCAAUCAUUCGCGCGACAUACUAAAGAUAAUACAAUUACCCAGCAUGAUCUUUCCGCGCUUUCCUUACCGAAGACUACGUAUAACUCGAGACGGACCUCACCUACAAGAACCAUCUCUCCUAGAAAGAGGACAUUCGAACUCGAUGUCGGCAAUGAACUCUCACCGCAAAAGAUCCUCGUCACCGUUGAGGCAGAAGAAGCAGAGGCCUUGAAGCGGGGUAUCAACCGCAGACUAUUCCAACAACAACCGACAUCCUCCCCGACCCGAGGCCGCCGCCCAAGAGAAACCGUCACGACUGCUACCAUACCGCUGAAUGACGAGAUAGAGAACGAGUCUACCCCGCGUCGACCCGGCCGACCGCGACGGCGAACUAGUAAUGGUACACCCAUGCCGAAGGGUAAGAAGAGGGCUGGAACGCCUAUGAAAGAAUCCCGACAGACGCGACGAAAAGGCGGCCUAGAUUCCGACGCGAGCGUGUUCGACGAUACACCAGCGGGAACAGACGAAAACGCGCCAACACCAAAGGCACAAACGAAAGUUCGGAAGACGCCUAAGGCGCUCUCUACGACACAAGUAGUGCUUUCGUCGCAAAUAUCCACCGCGACGAAGAGGAAGCGAGGGCGUCCGCGGAAAGCGCCGAUAGAAGAUGUCACCAUAUUAGCUGACGCGGACGAUGUAUUGACUAGUGAUGCGGUAAACCACGAUAUUGCUCACCCUUCUCGAGAAAACCCAAGGAUCUUUCCGCCAUCAGCACCGAUCUCGAAUCCAAAUUCUUCUAGAUAUGAAAGUAGUCGGCGAUUCUAUGCCGAUGACGAGGAGGACAAUACGGAAGCUUUCAUUGGAGAGUUGGCAAGAGAUGGCGAUAGGACACCGACGCAGGAUAAUAUUUCCAACCUACAUGAACAAGAGAAUACGCGACUAGAUCCAGAAUUACCAGCGCGAUCACAUAAUGAAGGAAGAUUGGAUGAUGAUGAUAUGGAUGUGGGCAACGAUUAUCCGCCAUUGAUGGAAAAUCAUAGUGAUGUAGGAUCGGAGUUCGAUGAUUUUGAUAAUGUCCCUCACAGUGGACAAGAUACGUUGGCGCACGCGUCUGAUUUCAGCAUGAUAGCUGUGGAAUCUCUACCUUCGUUUCAAGCAAACCGAAGCGCAUUCCCUUCCGACCCCCAAGAGAUUGGUGAUGAAACUAACCAGAUCAUCAAUGAAACUAUUGAAUCGUUGCGGAAUAGCAUCCAAGCCGAUGCCGCAAAAGAUCAAUCAAGCAGACACGACCUACCGCCAGAAGAAAACCGAUCUGGUAUACAAGGGAGUUCAUUUUUCAAUCAGAGCCCGCGACGACCAUCAAAAAGCCCUAGGAGGCAAAAGCAACUUCCAUUAAGUCGACAAGUAUUCAAUGGAAAAGCGCCUCAUGUGGAUGACUCGUUUUCGAACAUUGCGGAUACUAUUCUUCACGCAACAACACCUGGUCGCUUACCUAUGAAGCCGACCUCUGGAAUGGAACAGUAUGAGAAAAGCGGUGCAUAUGAUGAUUCGUUUUCCGAGAUACCAGAAGAGGUCCUUGAAGCCGCUACUCCAAAGCCGAAGAGUCGCGUCGGAAUGCCUAGAGAGCGGGAUGAUGCAGAAGUCUCAGCUCCCCAGGAUCAACCUAAUUCUGUUAAUAGACAAACGGGGUCAAACUUUGGGUCGAGCAGGUUACCAACUCCGGAUGAUACCUCAUCUUCGAAUGCUGGUUCUAAGAAAGCCCCAGAAGAAGAUGCUGGCCCGUCUUCAAGACCUCAAGCGGACGCUGUUUCUACUUCCAAUUCCGCCGUGCAAUCUUCACCUCCUGUCAUGAAUCGACCUCGUGCGAUGGAUUUUGGACCAUCGCUGUUAGAUCAAGAGAUGAACAAUACGCCAGAAUUACAACAAUCUUCCCCUCAGUUGCCUCCAUCUGCUAAAGAAAUUGUCGAACCUGCUAAAUCGUUGGAGCCCCCCCCUAAUGUUAGACCUUCGUUAUCGCCGAUUGUACGAGCUGGCCGAUACCUUCAAGAUGUGGUGUCGGAUAGAUCGUCUCCCAGAGUUCGCGAGGGCAGCCUGGGCAGUCCGUUCAGGGGAGCGGCUAAUGACCCUUCACGAUCAUUGCAGGAUACUUCUAAUCCUUCAUCUAUGCCCGAAUCUCCAACUCGGCCCAAUUAUAAUAUCUCCGGCCAAUUUGCCGCCCGAAAUUUAUUUAAUUUCAACCCUACCGUUAAUCAGAGUAUGCGGUCUAACAUAUCUCGCUCCCAACCACCUCCACAAGGCGAAGUACUUGGAAACGUCUCGGAUCCUUUCGGACUAGAUAUUCAGGAGACACGAAACGAAGCUUUGAGAAAAGAUACGCAUGACACAAGUUACCGGGAGCUGCAACGCGACACGGCUUUCGCUCAAUCCGCCGCCAGUUCGACUAGAGUGAUGCCACCAAAUGAGGAUGAGAUGAGUUGGAUGGCAGAUGGGAACCAGCAGGAAGCAGAACAUCGCGCGGACCCACAGUACAUGCGUUCUCAAAACUCAAGUAUCUACGCUACUCGUGGUUCAAAUGGAAGCCACGCUGCUAUUUCUGCUGCAAACGCUGCGUACAACGAAGUUGAUAUGGAAGGUGAUCAGGAUUUGAGAGAUCGAAGAGAACCGGAAGAGGACUACGGCGAUGACUAUACUGGCGGUGGGAUAGACUUUGAGGAUGACGAUAUUUGGGACGUUGAAGCCUCGCGACCGACGCCUAGAAGGCCAAGGCCGGAAAGGGAGCCAGAGCCAGAACGACGUGCUUCACAAUUGUACGACCCCCCUCGACGAAACAAAAUCCCAAGCCCUUGGAGACGAACCAGCCGACGACUCAUCUACCGGCAAGAGAUUGCAAGUCCUUCUCAAAUAGAAAUUGAGGAGAACCCGCAAAGUGAGCCGGAUGAGCAAGUCCCCAGAUCCCGUUCCGGACCGCGACGCUCGGACGCUCAAUCUAUAGUACGGAGAGAGCAGCCUGAACUUAGGGUCACUGAGGAACGUGAACGUACACCUUCCGAACCUGAGCAAUAUGAACAAUACGAACAAUUUGAACAACAAUCUCCAAGUCCUCCUCCAUAUUUGGAGCCAGAAUUUUCACCAGAACCAGAGCAGGAGCUGCAACAAGAACCCGAGCGAGAGCCAGAACAGGAGCCUGAGCCCGAGCCUGAGCUUGAAUCAGAAAUUGAAGAACCCAUAGCAGAACAAGCUCCAGGACAAGGUCCGGCAGAGGCUGUGGAGGCUUCUGAAUACUCGAUGCUAAUUCGACCAACUGAGGAUACUCCGGCGACCCAAAAGAAACCCACCCCUGCUAAGACUCAACUUUUCGGCAGCUUUAACCUCAUGUCAUUCUUCUCAUCGCCUGCAACGUUGCCUACAAAAGUCCCUGAAGCUGGUCCGGCCACUAAAAUCCGUGAAACCGAGAAAACCGCACAGCCCGCAUAUCAGAAGCCUGUUCCUAGAGAGCCAGAGCCAGAGCCAAAACCACAACCACAACCACAACCACACAAAGAACCUCCAAAGUCUCUUUGGUCGACGGGGUUUUUCUCCUCAAUCCCGCAGAAGCAAGUCCAGCCAAGUUCGGAACGGCAAACCGACCAAUCAUCCCCUGCGCCCCCCUCGCAAUCCAACGAAACGGUGGCAGAUACUUAUGAGGCGACUUCUCCUAGCCAUGCGCCAUCACCAACACCAUCCCCUUCGCCUGCUCCCGAUCCAUCACUCUCACCCAAACCUGCUCCUGCGCCGUCACUCUCGCCUGAAUUAUCUCAUCCACCGCCUGAGCCUUCACCGGCACCAUCUCAGACACCCGAGCCGAUGUCCCCGCCAUCACCCCAGCCCUCGACUCCCGAGCAACAAGUUUACCAGCCUAUUGAGCAAAAACGCAACUUCACGCCUCGGCCAGGUCAAUCCGGCUCAUCUCUUUUCAGAACUGGCCCUUCUCCAAGUAGGGUUGAAAGAAAUUAUAGCGAUGAUUUUCUCUUGCCACCAAGUGAUGAGCAGCAAGAGUCUUCGCUCUUGACAGAUGGGACAGAGUAUGAGCGCUUGCCUCCUAGGGAGAAGCCGUCGCGUUGGGAUAGGACCCUGUCGCCAUCCAAAUCGUCAUUCAGAUCACCACUGAAACCGACAACACCAGGGCGCGUCGUGACUUUCAAGCCUAGCGGUUUAUCACCUGUCACACAGAAUGAGGAUCAACCCGAAAGCCAAGCUUACAGCCGCGAUGAUAACCGCGGAGUGUUAUCUCAGCGUCCACAACUCCCAUCCCUUAAUAAGGGCAAGGGGGUUGUACGGAGAAAUUCUUUACUCUCUCGUCCCCCCAUGAGGAACAGCGCCGUGUACAACCCUUCGCCGGCUGCUACUAACGAGAACAAUUUCAUGGCAACGAUAUUGGACACCAGCCCAGAACCGCAACCAGAGCCCGAACCUCCGGUUUUCGCUCCGGCUCCAGCGCCGGCUCCCUUGUCCAUUGCCACCACGAACCCUUCCGCUGCCGCCACUGUCUCAGCUCCUACCUCUAACACACCACUAUCACAAACCGAGUGGACGCGUGCACAUUGGGUUCGUCUAGACGAAUUACUCCAAAUAUGCCGCCAAAAUCCCCGCGCAUUCAAACGUCGCGUCCCGCUACCACCACGCAGCGAGCGCCGAUCUCUUACUACUCUCCUGGGCAAGGAAGUAUCAACCCCGUCACACCCCGAGAGCCUAAUCCUCGAUAGGGGACAUCUCGAUAUUAUCGACGCGUUCAAACUUGAGGUUGGCGGCUGGGAAGAACAUGACUUGGCGAGGAGAUUGUUCGCGUUGAUGGUUGGUGAGGAGAGAAGACGGCUGGGGAAAGUGCCACAGAGGGAUCGUGAGCAUGAGGAUGAAAAUAGGGAUAGGGUUCAGACUGGGUAUUGGGGAGAUGAAAUUGAGCGUGCGGGCGAGAGCCAAACUAGGAGGGAGAAGGAGAAGGAAGAGAGAAUAAAAAGGAGGGAAGAGAGAAGGAGGGAGAAAGAGAGGCAGAGGAGGGAGGAGAGGAUUUUUACUUAAGGGGUUGGGUUUACAAUACCCUAUUUUCCCUACGAUCGACGUUGCUGCGGGCUCACAUUCACGAGCUACGAAAGACGGAUUUGCUCUACAUCACUUCGCUACUCUGUCCUAUCCAUUCAGGUUAUCGGUCUAACAGCUUGGAGGAAGCAUCCCCAAAUCACACUUUUCAGGGGAGCAGUAUAUAUUUCACAUGCAUUAUAUUCGGCGUUAUUGGCGAUAGGCAAGUCAGGAUGACAUAACCUCAUAGGAUAGGCGGUUGGUCAGUAUCAAAAAAGGGGAAUCGGCAAGGGGUGUUUACUUGCUAGGUUAGGUUACUGAGGAAUUGAGAUUGCUUUGAUUUUGAUGCCAUAGCAUACUGCCUUUUUUCAAAGGUGGAUAAUUCGAACGGAAUUAUAUUUCAUGUUGAAUCCGAAAAUUGUUAUUUGAGUGAGGUCCAGUGAC